AUGACUUCAACAUCAAAUGAUAAAACUGACCCAAUAAAAAAUACAAUUCAUGAAAUAACUUCAAAUGAAUUAAACAAGCAAUAUUCACAAGAUGAUGAUAUUGAAAAAUUAGCAUCUCAUGAUGUCCAAAGCCAUGAAGAUAAAGAAUCAAUUGAAAAAAUCCUUGAUGAAUAUUCAGGAACAAAGUCUAUUGUCUUGAAAAAAACUGAGAUCUUAGCAAAACAAUAUAAUUCAAUUUGGUAUAGAAGUUUAUUAUUAUUCAGUGCUUUUUUAAUCGGUUAUGGAUAUGGUCUUGAUUCCAACAUUCGUUAUGUUUAUACAGGAUAUGCUCAAAGUGCAUAUGGUACUCAUUCAUUAAUCUCCACCGUGGGUGUUAUUAAUGCAGUUAUUGGAGGUGCUUCACAAUUAGUUAUUGCCAGAUUAUCAGAUGUAUUUGGUCGUUUAGAAUUAUUAAUUGUUUCAAUUGUUUUUUAUACAAUGGGUACGAUUAUACAAUCACAAGCUUAUGAUAUUCAAAGAUUUUGUGCAGGUUCAGUUUUUUAUAAUUUGGGUUAUGUUGGUGUGUUAUUAGUUGUUACUUUAAUCAUUGCAGAUUUUUCCACUUUAAGAUGGAGAUCUUUGUAUCAAUGUACCACAACAUUACCAUUUAUUAUUAAUACAUGGAUCUCAGGGGAUAUAACUGAAGCUGUUAACCCUUUAGAAAAUUGGUCAUGGGGGAUUGGUAUGUGGGCUUUUAUAUUCCCAUUAUCUGCAUUACCAUUUGUUUUGUGUAUUUUACAUAUGAGAUUAAAAGCUGGUAAAACAAAAGAAUGGAAAAUUGUUAAACAACAAAAGACAUUUUAUCAAUCACAUGGGAUUUGGAGUUUUUUAAUUGAAUUAUAUUGGAGAUUAGAUAUUAUGGGUAUCUUGUUAUUAACUGUUUUGUUAGGUUGUAUAUUGGUUCCUUUAACAGUUGCAGGUGGUGUUACAUCAAAAUGGGCCCAAGGUGAAAUUAUUGGUCCUUUAGUUCUUGGUGUCGUCUUAAUUCCAAUAUUUGGUGCAUAUGAAACAUAUAUUGCACGUUAUCCAAUGGCAUCAUAUAAAUUAAUUAAAGAUCGUGGAGUUUGGUCAGCAUUAAUUAUAACUUUUUUGUUAAAUUUUAUGGGAUCCAUAUAUGGUGGUUAUUUAUAUACAGUACUAGUUGUUGCAAUGAAUCAAUCAAUUAAAUCAGCAACAAGAAUUGCCAUUAUAUCAUCAUUUGUCUCUGUUGUUUGGUCACCAUUAUUUGGUGUUAUUGUUGCAUAUGUUCGUCGUUUAAAAUUGUUUAUCUUGUGUGGUAUUUCAUUAUUUUUAACAGGAUUAGGUUUAUUAUAUCAUUUUAGAGGUUAUGAAUCUUCCAAGAAUGGAGUUAUUGGUGCAAUGGUUGUUAUGGGAAUUGGUAUGACUAUGUAUACUGGACCUGUUUCAUUAACUGUUCAAGCAUCAACAAAUCAUGAUAAUAUGGCUACGGUUAUUUCAUUAUUAUAUACAGUUUUCAGAAUUGGUUCAGGAUGUGGUAGUGCAGUCUCUGGAGCUAUUUGGUCAAAUUUAUUACCUAAGAGAUUAGAAUCUGAUUUAUCAAAAUUUGGGAAUUCAACAUUAUCAACAUUUGCAUAUUUUUCACCAUAUGAAUUUAUUGUGGAAUAUCCAUAUGGUUCACAAAUUAGAAUGGCAAUGAUUGAAAGUUAUAGAUAUAUUCAAAAGAUGGAAAUUACUAUAGCUUUGAUAUUUUGUUCAUUAAUGUUAAUAUUUGCCUUUUUAUUAAGAGAUCCUGAAUUAAUUGAUGAACAAGCACAAAAUGAUUUAAGUGAUGAUGAAUUGAUUAAUACUAAAAGUAGUGAUCCAAUUGCAGAUUUGAUAUUGAAAUGGAUAAAGAAAGAUAAACCAGUUAAGUGA